UUAACCAUGGCUCGCCCUGUUGCCCGCCUGGACCUCUUCCCUGGAGUGACUCUGGAUCCGCGGGACGCUCCGGGGGACCCUCCUGCUGCCGGCUCCUCGCCAGGCGAGGACGACGCAGGUGAGGUGCAGGUAAGUAUGCCUUUUGUUCUUGCUCGUUUCUCCCCUCCUCAGCGACAGGACGUGUUUGAACGAGAGGAAGAGGAGGAAGAGGAGGAGGACAGUGAAGAGGAAGAGGACGAUGUUGAGGAAGAGGACUGGAGUGAAGAAGAGGAGGAGGAGGAGGAUGACGUAGACUCUGGCUACUCAAGUCUCCCAGAGGAAGACAGUGAUGAAGAUGAAGAGGGAGAAGAUGCUGCUCAAGCUCGGAAUGUGAGAGAUCGUCCCCCGACCCCCUUUGCUUGGCAGCGAGCAGAGAGCCCUUCUCCUGCGCCCAGUCCCGGCGUUGAAGAGGAGCAUCGCCCAUCUUCUCCCGCUGCUGUGCUUCCUGCGCCCUCCUGCCAUCCUGCUCCUUGCCCUCCCCCCUGUGGGCCCUGCUCUGGACGUCCUGCCUCUCGGUGGAUCCAAGCGCCACAGAGAUGA